UCGCGGAGGGACGGAGUCCACCCGCACAAAGCGAUGCUUCUCAACCCGCAUCCCAGUCGUGCUGUCUCUUCCGCCAUCGCUUUUUGUUUUCUCUGAAGUUCAAGCCCAGGAUGCACCGCACGGCUCUCCACCGCCGUGUUUAAUCAAAGUGGAAGGAAGCGCAUAGCUAGCAUGAUUUGUUUAAACCAAAGGAGCGUGAUCUGACAACGGCUAUAACUUUUCGGUUUUUUUUUUGUUUUUUUUUUAAUAGGAGCGAACGAGCAUUUGGACCUUUUUUCUAAUCAUGCCUGUACGAAGAGGUCAUGUGGCGCCGCAAAACACGUUUCUGGGAAUAAUAAUACGAAAAUUCGAGGGACAAAAUAAGAAUUUUAUCAUUGCAAAUGCUCGUGUCCAGAACUGCGCAAUCAUCUACUGUAACGACGGUUUCUGUGAGAUGACUGGUUUCUCUCGGCCAGACGUUAUGCAGAGGCCCUGUAUGUGUGACUUCUUGCAUGGGGAGAGAACCCAGCGACACUCCAUUGCCCAGGUGGCCCAAGCCCUGUUGGGUUCUGAAGAACGCAAGGUGGAGAUCAUUUACCACCGCAAAGAUGGUUCAGAUUUUCUUUGCAAUACGCACAUCAUUCCAGUCAAGAACGAGGAGGGUGUGGUGAUGAUGUUCAUCCUGAAUUUUGACUAUGUUCUGGAAGAGGACAGCAGUGAUUCCCUGGAAAGGCUCAACCUAACCCCUCCUCCCAAAUCUGAUUACAGGAAAGGAAGAUUCUUCAGACUCCGCCUGCCUUCCCUGAACUUGUUAGGUUCCAGCAAACAGUCUUUGCCCCAGGAAGACCCUGACACAGUGAUGGUAGACUCUCCCAAAGCCAGCAAUGACUCGGUGCCCUUGAGGGACUUUCAUUCUCUGACUAAGGACAGCUGCAGUCCUGCUGACGCCAAUGACACACAGGCUCUUAUCAGCUCCAGUCCCCACUCAUCCCCAAUCAGCGUGUCCGGACCCCUCGACCACUCAUCCCCUAAACAACUGUGGGACCGUCCAAGUCUGUCUCAGGCCCAGUCCACCACCUGCUUGGCACAGUCCAUCUCCAGAGACAGUGUGUGUAGCAGAAGACGAGCUUCCUCCGUGCAUGAUAUUGAAGGUCUCAGUUCCAACUCCAAACGCCUGUUGCGGGAUCGGCACACUAGUGAAGGUCCUUUUAACCAUCUUAAAUCCAGCCUGCUGGGCUCUACCUCAGACUCCAACCUGAACAAGUACAAUACAAUUAACAAGAUCCCCCUUAUUGCACUUAACUUUUCUGAAACUAACAAUGACAGAAGAGCCCCGUCACCCCCUGUCUCUGAGAAGACCAUCAUCGCUCCGAAAGUUAAAGACCGUACACACAAUGUCACUGAGAAAGUCACACAGGUGUUGUCACUAGGUGCAGAUGUAUUACCAGAGUACAAGCUCCAGUCUCCGCGCAUGGACAAAUUCACCAUUCUACACUACAGUCCGUUUAAGGCCAUGUGGGACUGGCUCAUUUUGCUCCUUGUUAUUUACACGGCCAUUUUUACCCCAUAUUCUGCUGCCUUCCUGCUGAACGAUCGUGAGGAACAGAAGAGAAGAUUAUGUGGCUACUCGUGCAGCCCCCUUAAUGUUGUCGACUUAAUGGUGGACAUCAUGUUCAUCAUUGACAUCCUUAUAAACUUCCGGACGACUUACGUAAACUCUAACGAGGAGGUAGUGAGUCACCCGGGGAAGAUCGCUGUGCACUAUUUUAAGGGCUGGUUUCUUAUAGACAUGGUGGCAGCCAUUCCCUUCGACCUGCUCAUCUUUGGAUCAGGGUCAGAUGAAACAACUACACUGAUUGGUCUUUUGAAGACGGCCCGGCUGCUGAGAUUAGUUCGGGUGGCUCGGAAGCUGGACCGCUACUCUGAGUAUGGAGCAGCAGUGCUUAUGCUCCUCAUGUGCAUCUUCGCUCUUAUUGCUCACUGGCUUGCCUGUAUCUGGUAUGCUAUCGGCAAUGUAGAGAAGCCUUAUCUGGAGCACAAGAUCGGCUGGCUGGAUAAUCUUGGAGUGUCUAUCGGAAAACGUUACAACUACAGUGAUCCCAACUCUGGGCCCUCUAUUAAGGACAAAUAUGUCACUGCACUGUAUUUCACAUUCAGCAGUCUGACCAGCGUGGGCUUCGGCAACGUGUCACCAAAUACCAACUCAGAGAAGAUCUUUUCUAUUUGUGUCAUGCUUAUUGGAUCCCUAAUGUAUGCCAGCAUCUUUGGGAAUGUAUCUGCUAUCAUUCAGCGGCUCUACUCAGGAACAGCACGAUAUCACACGCAGAUGCUGCGUGUGAAAGAGUUUAUCCGCUUCCACCAGAUCCCCAAUCCACUCAGGCAAAGGCUGGAGGAGUAUUUUCAGCAUUCCUGGAACUACACCAAUGGCAUUGACAUGAAUAUGGUGCUAAAGGGCUUUCCAGAGUGUUUGCAAGCAGAUAUCUGUCUCCAUCUAAACCGGAGCCUGCUGGAAGACUGUAAGGCCUUUAGAGGGGCCACAAAAGGCUGCCUGCGUGCUCUGGCCAUGCGCUUUAAGACGACCCAUGCUCCACCAGGAGACACACUGGUUCACUGUGGUGAUGUCCUUACAGCACUUUACUUCCUGUCUCGAGGUUCUAUCGAGAUCUUGAAGGACGACAUUGUAGUGGCCAUUUUAGGCAAGAAUGACAUCUUUGGAGAGAUGAUCCAUUUGUAUGCGAAACCAGGAAAGUCGAAAGCAGAUGUACGAGCUCUGAGCUACUGUGACCUGCACACCAUCACACGGGAAGACCUGCUGGAGGUACUGGAUAUGUACCCUGAGUUCUCCGACCACUUCCUUACCAACCUGGAGCUCACCUUUAACCUAAGAGAUGAGAACACUAAAACCGAUUAUGCACAAGGUAGUGACUCAGAUGGAGAAGACAAUAAGAACAAGAGAAAGAUUUCUUUCAGUUGUAAACAAAACAAAGGGGGUAGCAUCGACGACAUGGAAAAUGAGACCAAGAAGGAGCAGCAUGAGUCACGUCUCAGCUCAAAAAGAAGUUCAGAAGACUGCAGGGCUUUAAGAGAGGAUCAGCAAAGAAAUCAGGCACCCGGAAUAAUGGAAUGUACAUGUGUAGAUGGUUACACCCCAACUUCUGAUUGUAGCCCAUUUAGUGGAAAGCUGGAGAGAGAGGCAUAUUACUAUGAAAGGCAGGGUGUUGACUGGGAUAACAUGGGGCCGAGUGAGGCUUUGGAAAACUCGCAUGUUCAGCCUCACAAGCCUAGAAGGGAGGAAGAGGAGGAGCUGGAAUGUGAUCUCACAUAUGGAGAAGUGCAACAGAGACUUGACUACCUACAGGAUCACCUGAACAGGCUGGAGUCUCAAAUGACGUCAGACAUCAAGACUAUUCUGUGCUUACUGCAAAGAAGCUCAUCUGCAGUCCCUCCUGCAUACAGCACCGUCACUGCCAGUCUGGAGAAACAUCCCAAUAGAGCACAUUCUUCAGUCAACACCAGCCAAACUCUCCCCCCUAACUUAGAGGAUCAGGAGACAACUAAGCCCCACAGCCCUACACCAAAAGAGAAGGUUCCUUCCAAGCACCAACAUUCGAAAUCACUCGUUCCAAUCCACUUCUCCUCACAUUCUCAGUCACCCAACACACCCAGUACAGCAGCCACAGCGAUCCAAAGGCCUCUGUCUGACCCUGGACUGCCACGAUGUAGCACUGAAUCCCUUCCAUGACCAUAAAACUCGACUUCCAGGAUUGCCUAGGCUUGUAUGUACGAGGAGAAUAUUGAAUCCUGAUGCUCACGUCCAUGGAGCUGAAACUUUAGUUGUUUUGUUGAAGUUGAACAUUCUGUUUGGUUUGAGUGAGAAUCCCUAAACUCUGACCUCUUUUAUAGCUUUUGCUCCAUGCUAGAGCGCUGGAUAUGAAUAAGUAACCUCACUCAAGGACUCAGGGUAUGGCUUAUGACUACAAUACACAACGAAUAGUGAUGGUGGUCUAUCAUCUCUAAGAUGGUUCUUUCCACGGUUUUAAUGUCUACUGCUGUAUUCUCUACAAUUUUAUCAAACACUGGAAUAGUUUGCAAAUCCUGGACUGUCAGUAGUACUAUGGUAUUCUACAUGUUGUAUGAUUGUUGGUGGGUGAAGAGCACUUCUGCAGGUGUCACAGCCAUGUAACCAUUUUCUGCCUCAGUUUACAGUCAUAAAAGUUUCUUAUUAUCCAAAGCUAGUCAGGAGCAAAUAAGAGACUGGUAUUUAAGAGCAUCACCAAUUUAUCACACAUGUAUUUACCACUUUUAUGUACUUACAGUACAUUCCUGCUGUAUAGGAUAAGAAGCAUGUGGUAAGUCUGUUCAUAGAGAAGUGCAUGACUGAAAGCGUUACCUGUUGCAUGCUUAGUGCAACGUACUGGAAAGCAAGUGUAGUGUGAUUCUGGCAUGUAUCAAAAAUGUUUUAUUCCCUAUUUUAAUGGGUUACAUUUCUUUGCACAUGGACCAAAUUACUGGAGGCCUAGAACUUUUUUGAUAACCAAAGCAUUGGUACCGCACAUGUAGCUCUGAAUAAGUAUAUAUGCAUAUUUAUGUAUAAUUUUAGCAACUACUGUAAAACAAUUGUGGAUGAAACUGGAUAUUAAUAAGGCACAAAGGAAAAUGUUUAGUUUCUAAACCAUUAUAGAAUUUUUGUUCCAAAUUCUGCUUGCAAUAUUAACGCCUGGAAUAUGGUACGUUUUAUAUUAUUAGCUUCCAUUGCAAAUUGAUGCAGCAAUAAGCAUUUAAGCCUAUGUAAGUAUGUAUUUAUUUAUUUGUUUGUUUGUUUGUUUGUUUUUGUUUGUUUCAUGAAUUUUUAAUGGACUGAUGUGCUUUAAAAUAAGUUAUGUGGAGUCUUAACAAAAAUUUGUUUAAUGACAGUAGAGUGUGUUUUAAAGUACAUAUCACUAAGGGAAGUCCAAACUAAAAUUACGUUUAUUUAGAAACAUAAAAAAAAAAAAUAUUAUUUUUUUACUAAAAUCCAAGUAAAUAUUUAGUUCUGGGAAAUGAAAAAACUCUUCCAAGCCAAUUACUUUUUAGUGUAGGAAGCUCAGAGAGGUAAAAGCUGCAGCAGUGAAAGUUUUUUCCAUAUAUAUUCCAAUCUUGGGUGUAAAAAGGUAUCACCUGAAGGUUGUAUUUAUGAAAUUAUAUCUAUUUCAUAAUACACCACAAGUUCAACACAAGCAUUGAAACUGUGCAUGCUUUUACUUGCUGGAUCAAGUGCUGUCUGAAAACAUCUUUACUAAUUACCCACAGAACAACAUGGUUUAUUCUUAAAACUUCUCUCAUACCCACUCCUUUCAUGUACAAUACAAUACAUAAAACAUGACAAGUAGCCUAUUGAUGAUAAGUGGACUGAAAAUUGUUGCAAACUUGCAUAUAAAAAAAGAAAGAAAGAAAGAAAAAAAAGAAAAUUGCAAACUUUUGCACAUAUUCUCCAAACUUGUACAAGAAAGUCACUUUUUACCUAAGUGUGUUUCACAUUAUUUAAUUUACAUUUAAUUUUAUUAUUUUUUAUGCAUUUUUAAAGUUUGCCACCAUAUAUUUUAUA